AAACCUAAUUCGCGAAUCUCGCUUUCUUCUUACAACUCUCUCUAGAUUCAAACGAUCCUUCACCUAUUUCCGUAGCAAAGCCAUCGGUAGCGCCGUAGACAUCAGCGAGCAGCCUGUCUCGUCGACUCCAUUGACAACAGCACCGAAGUAGCUCUUAGAUUACAUUAGCUAAUGGCGUUCCCCGCCUUUCCUAGCUUCAUCACCCCGUGGGCUCACUCCCUCCUCUACCCAGAUACCACUACAACCGCCGAUGUGACACCGAAGCGCAAAGCAGAUAACGAGCCUUCCGCCUUUCUCGACUCUGCGCUAACGCCUUCCGUUACCGCGCACUCAGAGAAGCGCGCCCGCAUUUCCGAGUCUAGCAGCAGCCUCACCAGCUUCCAUCCCUCCCUCUCCGUCACCAGCUUCCAUCCCUCCCUCUCCGUCACCAGCGCUCCAUUCCUCUCCAUCCUCGACGGGAAAUCGGAGUCCCCCUUAUGGUCACCUACCGCAUCGCCCCCCGCCAGCUCCCCCCUUUCCUCUCCGCCAGUCUCUCCCCUAUCCCUUCCCGCAUCCUCUUCCGCUCUCGUCUCCUCCCCCCCUUCCGCCGCGUACCCAGCGCUCCCCCGCCGUCUCAAGGGCGUGCGCCAGCGCAAGUGGGGGCGCUGGGUGACGGAGAUCCGCUGCCCGCGCACCAAGACGCGCGUGUGGCUGGGCUCCUACGCGUCCGCGGAGGAGGCGGUGCGCGUCUACGAUAUGGCGGCACGGAUGAUCUUCGGCGAAGUUGCGUCGAAGCUCAAUCUCAACGCACCCGACGCGAUCCCGCGCCCCGUCACCAUCGCGAAGAGCAUCGCGGAAGCGCUGAUCAAGGUGGCGCGCGCCAACACCGGCACAAGCGGCGGCGAUGCCUCGUCGGAUAAUGCGACCGUUGACCUGUCGGCGUUUCGCGGGGAGAUGGCCUGCCUGGAGGUGGUCGGACAGAACGUGGUCGUGUCCGAGUGCGCCUUCGCACCGCUCGCACUCACAGUGACGACGAGCUCUGGGCUCACUCCGAUGAAUCAGAGCGUGUCAACGGACUUAGUCGAACGUAGCUUCGAGACUUCUCAGCUCGCGACUUCUCAGACUGGAACCGCGGGCGCUAUUAAUGGGGUGGUCACAACCGACAGCUCGUCAGCUUCCGACAUGGCGCCAUCCGCGCUGUCCCUUAUUGAGGAGCUCUUUAACGAGAGCUUCUGCGAAAGCCUGGCGACCCCUGCAGCAGCGCCCCCCUCUGUGUGCGACCUGGGCGAUUUCGAGAGCCUGGAGAACGUCGCAAGCCUGUGGGAGGACAUGCUUUGAACCUCGAGUUGACGUCUCUCGGGCAGCAGCAGCAGCAUCGUCUCACCAUUUCCCUCGUUCGCACCGCACUAUCAGUCAGCUACAGAGACCUACUGUAGAUUACCGUAGUUAUAAACUUCCUCCUCGUGGACAGUCAUCAUGAGACUCCUCCGUUUCCUCCUAGCUCAAACCUGGGACCUCUCUCCCCGUGGUUUACUUACAGGAGCCUCAUGAUGCCUGUCCACGAGUGAUAUCUAGUCGCUUGUUUGUUUCCAUUAUAUAUUUGAUGAUGUGCUUUGUGUUUACCCAUUAGCCAGUUAAAC